GUCUUCCUUGAUAAAGCUAACCUCAAUUAUAUUGUUCUCCGAUCUAGUCUAUAGUGAAGUAGCGUAACUAUUUUCUGAUAACUUUAAUUAAUUAUCUCUGCGCAUCUUCCCGGAAGAGGAGAGUUUUCGAUCUGUCAUCUCUGAGUGCAUCCUAAUAUACAUAAAAUCUGGCUGAGAAAACUUUGAUUUUACCAUUAACAUUUUCCUUCUACUUGUGGAUUUGCUGCUGGUUAUAGCAAGAGCAUGGCUUCUUCUUCUCUUUCUCUUGAAGAAAAGUACGAUGUGUUUCUCAGUUUCAUAGGUGAGGACACGCGUCAUACUUUCACUAGCUAUCUUUAUGCAGCUUUAUCCGCAGAGCAAAUAUUAACUUUCAUGGAUCACGAGCUUGAGAGAGGGGAUGAAAUUUCACCAACACUUAGCAAAGCCAUCGAAGAAUCCAAGAUUUCGGUGAUCAUUUUCUCGGAAAACUAUGCGUCAUCCACAUGGUGUUUGCAUGAACUUGUGCAUAUACUUGAAUGCAAGAAAACAAGAGGGCAGAUUGUUAUGCCAAUCUUCUACGGCGUAGAUCCAUCGGUUGUACGAAAACAGAAGGGGAGCUAUGGAGCUUCAUUUGCCGAACUUGAAGAACGUUUCAAGGAUAGAAUGGAGAAGGUGCACCAGUGGAGGUUUGCUUUGACAGAAGCCUCUAAUCUAUGCGGUUGGAUUCGAAGGAUUUCAGUGGGCCGGACAAUUGUUCUUGAUGAACAUAGAGAACCUGGUAAUCGUAGCAGAUUGUGGGAUGCCAGAGAUGUUUGCCAUGUAUUCGAAAGAAAUACGGGAACUGCAGCAGUUGAAGGCAUCUCAUUUAACAUGGUCGAAAUUAGUAAAGAUGUAACAUUGUGCCACGCAGCCUUCUCAGAGAUGUAUAAUCUACGAAUUCUCAAAAUUUAUUGUGACAAUAUUGAUGAGAACAAGUUCAAACUGUACAUUCCCCGAGGUCUUGGUUCUUAUCUUUCUGAUAAGCUAACAUAUCUUCGGUGGGAUUUAUACCCUUUAAAAUCUUUGCCAUCAAAGUUUUCUCCUGAAAAUCUUGUUGAGCUGAUACUACGUGGCAGCCAUGUUCAAAAACUUUGGAAUCAUCAUGAAGUUAAGUCGCUUCCAACAUUAAGGAGGAUCGAUCUUAGCUAUUCCAAGUUCCUUACUCAAAUACCAAAUCUCUCUCUGGCUCCGAAUCUGGAAAGUAUAAAUCUUAAAGGGUGUAAAAGUUUGGUUCAGGUUCUUUCAUCUCUUCAAAAUCUUGACAAGCUUACAUAUCUAGAUUUGAGUGGCUGCUCCAAACUCAGAGAUUUUGAAGAGAUAUCAAAAAGAACAGAGGGGUACUUGGAUGUUGCAAGGUUAGGAGGCAUUAAGAAUCUUUUAAUUAAUUUCACAUCUCUCAGAAGUUGCAUCCAAAGUUUUACGGGCAAUUGAUGCCUCUACUCAUCUCAGGGUCACAUUUCUCAAAAGUUUGCACCCAAUUUAAGAUGUUUACUUGUAAGUGAAACACCUCUAUAGACAGUGCCCCCAUCAAUUGGGCAUCUUUCGGGUCUUGUGCGAUUAGAUUUGAGUUAUUGUAAAAGUCUUAAAAGUCUUCCAUCAA